GGCUGCUCUGGGCUCGUUGUCACCAGGACAACCGGCCCCGCCGUAGCGCGUCUGUCAUGGUUUUCUCAAACAAUGAUGAAGCCCUCAUUAACAAAAAGUUACCCAAAGAACUUCUGUUAAGGCAUGGAAUGUCUUGGCUCUGGAUGGAAGUAACUGGCAAAGAAUAGAUCUUUUUAACUUUCAGACAGAUAUAGAGGGUCGUGUGGUGGAAAAUAUUUCCAAAAGGUGUGGUGGGUUCCUGAGACAGCUUAGUUUGAGAGGAUGUCUUGGUGUUGGAGACUCCGCUUUGAAGUAAGUAAUCUAUCCACAACUUGAUUUAGACAUCUUUGUAUAAAUCUUUCUGACUUAUUGUAAUCACUCAAUGUGAAUUCCAGUUUGGGCAGAGAAUAGUUAAUAUUUUCUUGAAAUGAAUUAAGUAAUGAGAAGAGUGAGAGACCAUUUUUAGUUUUCCCAGCUAUUACUGAUUUUGAAUAUUUUAAAUGCUUAACAAUGGAACAUAUUUUUGCUGACUAGUUGUUUGCACCUGGAAAAAAAAAAGUUUUCUGGAGUAAGUAUUCAACAAAUUUGUGGUGAACAGUUUAUUUCUUUCCUUUUCAUGACUAGUCUUAAAAGAUAAACUAUGUUUUCUCAAUAGAAGCCUUGUUGCUUUUAAAUAGCUAAGCCAUAUAUAGAACCAACCAAAUUUUCUUUUCAACAUAAAAAAAAGAGUUGGCAAGAAACAAUGCAUUCUUUUCCAAAUGAAAAACCCAUACUAGUAACAGAAUUUCUUUAUAAAGAGUAGGGGAAAAAGCAAGAAGCAACCAAAUUUUCUGUUUCAAAUAGAACAUGCUCUGCUUUGUAAAACAAAGUUAUUGCUGGAAUCAGUCAAAAAUUUCCUAUUUAAAAUGAAAAAUUAUGUUGGAAUCAAUAAAAAUAUAAAACUUACAACAAAAAUCAUGUAGGAACAAAACAACGUCUUUUAAGGAAAAAAGCCAUGUUUUAUAAAAGGAAAGCUUGUUUUCCAGAGCGUAAAAAGGAAAGGAAAAGACCAGUUAAACCUAACGUUAAUAUUCUCUAUGAAGAUGUCUGGAAACUUUUUCAACCUUUACAACUGUUUUAAAAACUGAAUAACUUUAUAAUUUACUAAAAUAUUCUCAAGAGGAAACCUUAGUUUUUCCUUAUUUUUUUUUUCCAGUGAGAAGCUCUUAUCCUUCUGGAAUAACUUACUUUACGUCAAUUAUCUGCACUGUAACUUUGACAUCUUAGCGUGCUUCCAUUUGGAUGAGCCGUGAGGCCCAUAGCAGAGAAGUGAGAUGGGCCAUAAUUUCAUUUAAGAGUGCUUAAAUAUCCUCACUGAGUCUCUUCAAAUCCUGAGGCUGGUUUAGUCUUUUUUCAAAUGUUGGGAUUUGUUGAGAGAAUCAGGUUCCCUACCAUCCCCGCCCCUUCCCUGUUAUGAAUACUAACAGUGUUGACAUUUAUAACUGUUUAUUUGUGGUUCAGAUUACAGGCAGGUGCUGAAAAGAUGUAUGAGGUUAUACAGAUAAAUUAAACAAGUACACAGAAUAUUCAUGAGCUCAUUCAAGUAAAUGAUGCAAACAGGAAAUAACAGAGAGUUAGAUGACAUGGUUUACAUGCUGGUGGCCCGCGUACACUAGUGUUUCCACAGUGACUACCAUUGGUGGAGCUGCACUGGUGACAGCAACUAGUGGGAAAAGGCUGUAGUCUGUAUACACUCCAAGUCAGAGAAAAUCCAGUAAAUAGUAAGUGAUCUAAGCUUUCUUUAGGGAAAUAGUUAGGAAGUGCUGUUCUGUUUUCUGAUCUGCUUUCUCACCCCUUUUGUUUUACCAUGCUUAUGUUAAAAAUAAUUCCCAGUCACUGAAAGAGGUGUCAGAUGCAUAAAUAUUGCUUAGUUGAGGUACCUGUAUCCACACAUGGGUUUUGCAGGACACAAUUUUCCCAAUAGGUUUACUAUUCCUACAGUUUAUUGCAGACUGGAGAAAAUGUUGAGAGUAAUCUACAGAAGUCUCGUUUGUCUCAUAAAUGACAUUUGCACAGAACUGUAGAAACAUUGAACAUUUAAAUCUAAACGGAUGUACAAAAAUUACUGACAGCACGUGUUAUAGCCUUAGCAAAUUCUGUUCCAAGCUGAAACAUCUGGAUCUGACAUCGUGUGUAUCUAUUACAAACAGCUCUUUGAAAGGUUUAAGUGAGGGUUGCAGAAAUCUGGAACAUUUGAAUCUUUCCUGGUGUGAUCAGAUUACGAAGGAUGGUAUUGAAGCACUGGUGAAAGGGUGCAGUGGACUAAAAGCACUGUUUCUUAGAGGUUGCACACAGUUGGAAGACGAAGCACUGAAACACAUUCAAAAUCACUGUCGUGAACUUGUAAUCCUGAACUUGCAGUCAUGCACACAAAUUUCAGAUGAAGGCAUUGUAAAAAUUUGUAGAGGAUGCCACAGACUUCAGUCACUGUGUGUUUCUGGUUGUAGCAACCUUACAGAUGCUUCUCUCACAGCCCUUGGUCUAAACUGUCCGAGAUUGAAGAUUUUGGAAGCUGCAAGAUGUUCCCACCUGACGGAUGCAGGUUUUACACUUUUAGCACGGAAUUGCCAUGAACUGGAAAAGAUGGACUUAGAAGAGUGCAUUCUGAUAACCGAUAACACAUUGAUACAACUUUCUGUUCACUGUCCUAAACUGCAAGCAUUGAGCUUAUCUCACUGUGAACUGAUCACAGAUGAUGGGAUUCUGCAUCUGAGCAACAGUACCUGUGGUCAUGAAAGGCUCCAGGUCCUCGAGUUAGACAAUUGUCUUCUUAUCACCGAUGUGACCCUAGAGCACCUGGAGAACUGCCACAGUUUGGAGAGAAUUGAGUUAUAUGACUGUCAGCAAGUCACACGAGCAGGAAUCAAAAGAAUAAGAGCUCAUUUACCUGAUGUGAAAGUUCACGCCUACUUUGCUCCAGUCACCCCUCCUCCUUCUGUAGGAGGUAGUCGACAGCGACUCUGCAGGUGCUGCAUUAUUCUUUGACAGUAGGAGCAUCAGCAAAGGAAGAUUGUGGAAACAAAAUCAGACUGCAAGUGGCUUGCAGAGUGUCAGUUUCUUAACUGCCAUAGGAGUGAUGUUGCCGUCAUCCAAUUUUGUGCUGGUACUGACUCAAAGGUGUUUUCACAGGUAAAAAGUCUUAAUGUUACUUGCGGAUGUGGAGUAACUGAUGCUCUCUCUCUUUUUUUUUUUUUUAAUUACAUCUACUCCACCAUCCCUGCUGUCGAUAGGACAAUCCAAGUACCAUUUGCUAAUGUGGACUGGGGUAUUGCAGAGUUGUAGAUGCUCAGUGAAAGCCCCAACCCUGUACACCUCACUAAACUGGAAUAUUAGUUCCUAUUUGUAAGCAUAAUUCAGGGUCUCAAUCCAGCAUGAGAGUCCAAACUGCUGUUGUACAAUACACACAACCAAUUACAUCAUCAGGUUUAAGGACAAAUCAGCUUUAGCAGAAGUUGACCAAAAAAGGGAAAGUAAUCAUGAAAAAUAGCUUCCUAUUUUGCUACAGUUUUUAAUUUCUACCAAAACUCCCCAUCAUGUUAAGAGGUAGUAAACCUCCAGAAAACUAUUUAAUUUAAUUUAAACUUUGUUUUAUACGAAAGAGCACUCCUCAAAUUGUUGAAUAUUUCUCUAAAGAGUCUUAAGUGUUACCAAGUAGGUUAGGCUAAGAAAGGUAUGGCAGUUUGUGCCCUGUACACAGGUCUUUUUAUAUGCUCUAGCUGAGUAGGUAGAGCUGUUUACACUAUAGUGGCUGAAAGAAUAUUUGUGUAUGGUACUUAUACUUCCCGCAUUGCAUCUUCCCAUUUAAUAUAUUUAGUCCUAAACAGCAGCUUGGGGAGGGGGGGGGGGUAUUACUGCCUUUUUUACAGAGUUAACUUAAUUUGCCCUAGGUCAUAUCCUAAAUCUGUGACAAAGCAAGGAACUGAAUGCUAGGCUCCUGCAUCCCAGGCCCGUACCCUAACCAAUGAGCUGAGUGGUUAUCAACCUGUGGUCUAUGGACCCCCUUUGGGGGCCACAGACUAUUCAGAUUUCCAAAGGGGUCUGCAACUGAAAAAAGGUUGAAAAUCACUGGGUUAAGUAAUUUAAUGUAGUUGACAUGGCUGAGCAGAUUGAGAGCCCAAACAAGCAGUGGUUUUUGUUUCCUUAAAGAAGGAAAGUUUUGAAGCCAAACUUUUCAGAAACAGAGAGCGUUCAACAUGACAAUUACAUUAAUACCUUUAACCUUUUUUUUUAAUCUGGUAGGGUGACAUCAUGGCCUCAUUGACAUCAGUAGGCCAGAAUUUCAGCUGUAGAUUUAAGCCUUCUACAAAGGAGAGUGAAAUCUGAAUGUAAAACCACUAGUCUAAGGGGGAAGCUACAUUUUUAGUGUGAACGGCAUCUCUCUAUAUAGUCACUUAGGUAUCCAAGUUCAACAUUAGCCCUUGAAAGGAAAAUAUCUUGGGCUUAAAAAAGACUGGUCAACUGAUAUAGUGUUUAAGUCCUGAAAAUGAUGUAAUGUCAUUUGACAAAAACUCUAAUAGACAUUCCCCCCCUUAAUGGUAAGGCAAUAUUUCCAGUAUGUGUAGCCUAAGUUGUUGGCAAAACAUAGCUGAAUGCAGUGUGUACAUUUACACCUCACCCUUAAAACUGAUCUUAAUCUGGAAUGUUUAGACCUAUGUUUUAAAACGUUAAUGUGAAAAUUUAAGGCAGCUUUUGACAGCUGCACUUCUGUUGUAUGCAGAUCUGUGAACUUAAGAUACUGACAUAGCUGAAAAUCUAUAUGAAUAUGGUAUAAAGACCUAGUAUUAAACUUUGGGGAGUUCAGCUUUGCAGCAACAGCAAAAAUUCCUGGAUUAGUUUUCAUAUUAUGUAUAUACUUGUAUUAUCAAGAUUCCCAUUUAUGGAAUUUUCUUAGCAGAACAUUGGGGGAAGACCAAAAUUAAAUGUGAACUCGGUGCAACUUGUCAGAAUGAGUAGUUGUGUGUUGCCUUAGGUUUGGCUCAUUUUUAUGGAUCUUAUUGUGAGGGCAUUAAAGUUGUACAAAAACCAAAAUUUAACAUAUGCCUACACUAAGAAAAAUGAUAUAGGAAACAAAUAAACAAUCAGCUGAUAAUUUACUUGAACUUCUGUUUCACUGAAAGCCAUUAAUAUUUUACUCUUUUUAAAAAAAAGUAUGUGGUUUUGGUCAAGCUGAAAUUAAUUAGUUCUUUCAAUUUGUUUUCUAAAAUAUUGCUGGGGAGCUGAAUUAUCUGCUCUGAAGUGCAUUGCUCCUACUAACAAUGUUAAUUCUAUCUCAGCAGAAAAAUAAGCACAUUUACAAAAUUAUUGAAAAACAUUUAUUAUACUUAAAUUGAAAUGUGUACAUCUUAAAAUAAAAGCAAUUUGCUGGUGCCAUAAUUUAAUUCCAAUUUCAAGUGAGCUGGACAAACUACUAUACACUUCCUUUAAAUUUAGUUGGAUACUUUCCAAUCAAGGAUUUUUCCACUCUUAUAAAACAUUUGGGAUUUGAAAAUGGUGCUGAGGUGAAAUGACAACUGUCAGUUCAAUAAACUACCAAUACCCAAAGAUGAACAAUUUAUAGGCAGAAGAAACUUGAACUUAAGUCCACAAAAUUCCAUUUUAUCAGUGUAGAAAAACAUUUAAGUUUGCAGAAUUGCUACAGCUUUAAAAAGGCUUUCUUGGUAAGCACUUAACCCAGCUAAAGAAGGAAUUAAAUAAUAUCAAAGUAGCAUUUUGCAUGCUGUAGUAGUUUUUGUUCUCUAUAAAUGAUUUCGCACUACAGCAUUCAAAACUUUCAAAUUGAUUUAAAGGGAGGGAGGAUACUGUGAGUAAAAGGGGGAUUUUUCUGCCUUUGAAAAAUCUUCCCCAAAGUACCAAAAUAAUAAUAUAUACUCAUAAGUGGACAUUAAUAUUAAAUGUUUGAAUAGCAGUGCCAUACAUUUGACAAUUUCAAGGAAAAACUCAAUUUUGAAAAGCACAUUGCCUGUUUCAAAAAUAAGUAUUUGGUCAUAUGGAAGAGGCACUGUAAGAAAAAAAAUUUACAGUAUCAAUCUGAGAAUAAAGAAAUCACAGAAAAGGUCAAGAUACCUGCCCAUAAAGAGUGAUUAUAGCAAGACAUACCUGCUACUAAAGAGAUUAAGUGGUGUAUAUUUAGUGUUUCUUGAGCAAUGUAAUUGACAGUACUUAAAGCUGUGUUGUAGCCCCUUGGUGCCAGUGGGUCACAUUUCCCCCCCCAAAACCAACCUCCCCCCCCCCCAUCAUUACUGGCAGUUUGUUGUUUUUAAAUCCACCAUUUUAAAAAGCAAAAAACAAAAAACAAAAAAAAACAACCACCCUGCAGCACUGCUUCUUAGAGAAACUGGAAACUAAAAAUUAAGGAUGCAUAGGCAAUUAUUUUUCCAUUAAAUUUGUUAAAAGCAAAACAAUUACUUCGUACCCCACAGGAUUUAUGUUAAUCCUUUCAACAAGGUACUGUCAAUAAUGCAGUUUGCUGCAUGCAUAUAUUGCAUCUGGCUAGGACUUAUUAAAAUCCUGUUCUGGCAUUUACAUUUCUUACAUACACAAUUUACACAGGGAAGCUGUUUUGACAGCUUCCCUCUCAAAGACCCAACAACCUGAUCACUAUCAUCUUAACUACUCAUCUCCACACAGAUUACUAUGUGCUCUGCUAACAUCAAAAAAUAAAAUCAGCAUAAGAUACAAGCAAGUAAUAGACAAACUGGCACAGAAAGGUAAAUGCCCCAGAAUAAGUUUACAUUCAUCUCCAAACUGGACACAGUAUAAUAGGAAAGCAAUACUGCUUCUAGAAACUGUAUCUACUGGCCAUAAUUUGCCUUAUUUCAGUAAAGGGCAAGCACCUUUGCUUAUAUUGUCUUCCAUGCCUGUACAUAGGCUGUCAUGGCAUUAUACCUCUUAUGAGGACACUUAGCUAUGGCAGUGAUAAGAAAGUUCACCUAUCAAACAACUCAUUAGAAAGGUCUUGUGUUUUCAAUAUGAAACAUUUUAUAUGGUGAAGUCCAAUCCUAAGAGUUUUUGGAUGUUCUUCAUCGUCAUUAAGCAUGACUUCAUUCUGCAUUGGAAUAUCAGUCCAGUAUAUAUCCUCUCUCUCUAUAUAUAUAUGACAUCAUUUCAGAAUUAUAUGGAAACCUUCACCAUUUUCAGCUGCAGAGAAAAAAAAGGACAGGUUUAGAUGAAAGAAUGGCAUCCCUUUACCCAAGACCCCAGCCACUGAAGAUACUAACCAGUGUAUUAAAACAGUCUAAAAUUCAUAGUCAAUCCCUUACCUCUCCCUAAAAGUGCAAAGUUUCAAAAAGUUCAAUGAAUAGAAGAUUAUUGGGGCGAAAGAGAUCUGGACAAUGAGAAGUCUGGAGAGAAAUGUGAGGACGGAGGGACAGGCAGUAAAAACAAAAGUGAAACUGUUUGAGCAGCACAUACCAGAAGUCUUGAGGUCUUUCCGAGUAUAGCCUUCAUUGGAUUUGAGAUCCAGAAGGGAAAACCUAUAAUGGUAGCCUGCCGUAAAAGAGACCCAGUUUGGGAAUAUUUUAAUGAAGUUCCUCUACCUGUGGAUAAGACAGGCAUGCAUGCAAAAUGCAAACAGUGCAACAAAGAAAUGCAAGGCCUCGUGGCCCGAAUGAAACAACAUCAUGAGAAGUGUUCCUUCUCAGGAGGAAGCUGCGUUGAAGAUGAUGAAAGGAACAUGUUUGAACAUGCAGGAUCUUCAGGUUGGUAAACUUUUAUUUCAUACUUCUUUCUUAAGGACUGGCUGUCUUCCUUCUGGACUAUUCUUGAAUUCUCAUGUUUGUGCAAAAAAUAUAGUUGUUACUCUACGGUACAGUUAGAUGCAAAACUGUUAGAUGUGAUAAAAAAUAAAAAGCGGACAUUGUAAAAGGAAGAUCUGCCUAUCUCACCUUUAAAGUAGUACUGAGUGUCAGUGAAUGCAAUGAGUAAUACUAAAUGAGCAGUAUGGGAAUAAUAAUUAAAUAACUGCAUUGACUUAUUUUGUUUAGGAGAAUCUAUCCUCAACAUACAGGAUUCUGAAGACUAUCCACCUUCACGAUCACCACCAUUUUCUAUAGUUUCAGAGUUAUCUGCCAAUGAUAGUGUUUCAGUAACAUCAUAUAUGUCACAUAGCCACAGUAUAUCACUUGUAGCAAAAAAUCUCCAUCAUCCAGAAACAACCAUAGAUAAGUUUGUGAUAAGAACCAGCAGAUUACAAAAAGAGGUAAUUGAUGAAAAAAUUGCCCGGUUUGUUUAUGCAACAAACUCUUCUUUCUGUAUGAUUGAGAACCCACACUUCAUUAACAUGGUUCAGUCAUCAAGACCAGGAUAUAAGCCACCCAACAGAACAGAUGUCACAGGCAAAUUGCUGGAUAAAGUGUAUGAAAGAGAAAUAGAGCAGUGUGCAAAAGGUCUAGAGGGUGAAAUUGUUAACCUGAGUCUUGAUGGGUGGAGCAACGUCCACAAUGAUCCUGUUGUAUGUGCUUGUGUGACAACAGAAGAAGGGAAUGUCUUCCUUCCAAACAACCGAUACAUCAGGAAAUGCACACACAGCAGAAUACUUACAAGAAGUAGCAGUAAAAGCUAUAAGAAACUGUGGAAAAAAACCUCAAAUGUCUAGUACGCAGCUUGGUCACAGACAAGGCUGCAAAUAUAUCCAAUAUGAGAAGAAAUUUAGAAGACAGUCCCAAGCUAACAACAUACGGUUGCAGUGCUCAUUUGAUGCACCUCCUAGCCAAAGACUUCAGUGUUCCAGAAAUGAAGGCUAAUGUUGUUGAAAUUGCAAAAUACUUCCUUAACAACUUUACAGCAGCCGCUCUGAAAAAAGUGGGAGGAACCAAGCUAACUCUCCCACAAGACGUGCGCUGGAACUUAGUAGGGGACUGUUUUGAGCACUAUAUCAAGAAAUGGCCUAAUCUGAUGAGAGUUGGUGAACAAAAACGGGAAAAAAUAAGAUGGCACUCUCAAAGCCAAAGUUCUCAACAUUAGGCUUCAGAGAAAUGCUGAACACAUGCCGAGUACCCUGAAAACUUUUUCUGAAGCCUUGAACAAACUGCAGGGAAAUAGCUGUUUUAUUGCUGAUGCCGUUGAAAUUUGGAAGGCACUGAGUGAGAUCUUAAAAAGAGAAACAUGCAAUGACAGAGUUAAAUUACAUGUAUUAAAAAAACAAAUGGGACAAGCACUAUCUCCAGCUCAUUUUCUUGUAAAUAUUCUCAAUAUUCGGUACCAGGGUCAAACCUUAACUGCUGAAGAAGAGGAGUUGGCUCUGACAUGGACAUCCCUCCAUAAUGCCAACAAUAAUAAAUUUCAGAGCUAAGGGUGAACCAUUCAAGAAAUAUAGAUUUGCUGAUGACGUUUUAAAGACAGUCACACCAGUGAACUGGUGGAAAUAACUUAAGCACUUGGAUUCAGAGACUGUUGAAGUGAUUAUCUCACUUUUAACAGCAGUAGCUUCUUCUGCCAGUGUAGAAAGAAUAUUUUUCUUCCUUUGGACUAAUUCAUUCCAAAUUGAGAAAUCGUUUGGGACCUGAAAAAGCAGGAAAGCUUGCUUUACUUUUCCAGAUUAUGAACAAACAGGAAAAUGAGGGUGAAGACAACUGAGUUAGCUGCAGAAGUCAAUAUUUUCUCAUGUUGACCUGGCUGACAGUCAAUUUAAUUUUUUUUUAAAAUAUUUCAUUUAACUAUUUUAGUUAAACAAUUUUAACAAAAACAAACCUGAUUUAAAAAAACUUGAAUGUUUAACUAAAAUUCAAAAAUUCAUAUGCUUGUUUUGUUAAAUUAUUAUAGGUUUGAUGUUGAAGAAGAAAUGCAGAAUACAUAACACUAUUGUUUUAGGUAAAGAAAACAAUUUAAAUGUCUGUCUGGUGAUGUCCUCCUCCUAAUACAACAUGGCAAGAAAAUCCUCCAAAUAUUAAUGAUUAACCUGUUGAAUUGGAGAUAUUUAUGAAGUCAUUGGGAGGUGAACUAUCUGCUUCAAUUACUUUUGGUAAAUGAAAUAAACAAUCAUUCAUUUUCUGAUAUAGCUGUAAAACUAAUCUGAAAAGUUUUCAAAAUAAAUCACUUAAAAAUGUAUAGUAUGUACCUUCUAAAAAUGAAACCUACAUCUAUCUCUGAGUUGUGAAAAAUAUGUAUUAAGGUAUGUAUAACAACCAACAAGAAUGCACUUUUAUGUGGAAAUCCAUGAUUCAAUCGAGUCUUCCUGACUAGUGAUUUAAAUCAGGAUUUAAAUCAAAUCCACCCUGUUAAGACUCAUUCUCAGUUGCUUGGAAAUAGAAUUGCAAGAGCAUGCUUUAAUUUUUGAGAUUCUGGGGUCCAAGUAUGCCUGACCGAAGAGCCUCAAUUUCCUUCACAGGAACAUACGGUCCUGUUGAAUAAGGCUAUCAGAAAUAAAGCUGCUUGGUUGACAGUAUUUCUUUUAAAUGCAGUUUAAAUAUCAAAGGACAUGAUAACCAAGCAGCAUUACAGAGAAUUUUACAAAUUACAGGGUUGGGAUGUUGAUAAGAAUUCUCCCCAAACAGAAAAGAUAUUCUGUGAUAGGAUCCAGUCUGUGCAAGGAGAGAAAGACCAUUAGUCAUUUUGAGUUCUUUUCCCACCCAAGCAGUAGUUUGUUGUAAAUCUCUAGUUUGGAGUCUCAUUCCAGCAAUCAAACCCAAAUUCUGCUCCAUAUAGUUAAUCUCAGCAACUAAAGUUGCUAGUGAAAUUUUGUUCAAGUUUUUGCAGUCUGAAGCUUCAGCAGCUCAUCAUUCUGAGGGAUGAAAAUUGUUGAGAUACGCAUACGGUGAUAAUUGCCUAAUUUUGCAAAUGACCGAACUCUCAUCUUCUCUGUUGCCCUUUGCUAAGAACUCUGUUUUUUCUCUUGGGAAUUGUGGUCUAUUAAGUGACCAUUCAUAAUUCCCAUUCAUAAUGAGGGCUUCUAGAAGCAGUGUGGAGUAUGUUUUCUGUUUAUUCCCAGCUAUUGCACAAAAAUUUUCCUCGAGAGUUGCAUGGAAUGUGGCAUUAGCAUGUUCUGCCUCUUUCAUUUUCUCUAGUAGGUUAAAGAAGAUAAUCUACAUAUUGAAGAAUAAAUGUAGAUUUUAAAAGAUACUUUAAGAGGUAAUUCGGCAGAACCUGAACUUGUCCUGUGCCUGUUCUUGUCUUAAUAAACUUCUGAACCACUCCAAGGCAUCAGUUGCAUUCAAAUGUUGCUCGGUCCCAGCUAGAGGUCUGACUGCAGACGUCUUAAAUUCACUCCUGGGAGAGGGCAGAAUAUUCCAACCAAGUGUAGCGCCCGCCCGCCCGCCCCCUGUAACUUCUCUUAUGUAUACAUUUCCUCCCUUUGCUCCGCUCCUAAUUAACACACCUUACUGCCCAUACCAUGAAUAAAGGUGCCACCAAUUAACCAUCAGCAAAUAACUAAAAGCCAGAAUUAGACAAUUUAACUAUUUUCCAGUCUUCCAAUGGGCAGCUGCAGAGCUGCCUUCGUUCCUGUUACCAGAUAAUACUAUACAAAUAGAAUCAUACAAUAUCAGGUUUGGAAGGUACGUCAGGAGAUCUAGUCCAACCUCCUGCUCAAAGCAGGACAAGUCCCCAAUUUUUGCCCCAGAUCCCUAAAUGGCCCACUCAAGGAUUGAACUCUCAACCCUGGGUUUAGCAGGCCAACACUCAAACCACUGAGCUAUCCCUCCCCCUCUUUCAAUCAACACUUAAAAGAAUGCUCAGAUCUCUAAAAUAAGGGCAACUGAAUGGACAAGAAAAACCAACUCUGUAGUGUGCACCCUGAAGGUAGGUUCUCUUUUCCUAACCUUCCUUGGAAUGUUCAACUCAAAGGGAUCGUAAUACAGACAUAGUGUGUCUAUUUAACCCUUCAACAGAUAAACCCUUGUGCCAUAGCAGGCUGCCCUCCACAAUAGAUAAGGUAAGGUAAUAGGAGAAGAAUAUUGGCCAGUAAGGGCUUCCCAUUGCAGCUGGAGGGCCCCCCUGAGGUUUUCCAGAUUAAUCAGUCCUUCAGUUUCCUAAAGACCUGGGGUGAUGGGUUCACAGCUUUCUUCGGUCAUUUUCUUACCAUUUGCUUGCAUUACAGAAUUAUGCAAAUUCAGAACUACACGGGCAUUCUGAAAUAUUAAUUGAAACUGAAGUUAGCUGAACAGCUUUGGCAGGAACAUGAUGAAAUAGUUAACCAAGAUCUGAAGUCCCAGGCGCUUGGAGACCAACUUACAAGAUGAGACUCAAAGGGAUGCCAAAGACUAAGCUCUGGCUUUCCAGCACUUAAGAGGGAUGCAAACUGGAGAGCUCCUCCCCACAGGACGACACCUGCCUGACAACUAGCAGCAGCAACAUGCACUUAGCAGGAGGCCACAUCCAAAGAGAGAUUCACUGAGUACAGGGAGAAAAAACUCCCUGGGCAUUACCAUACUCUAAAAUACCUAAUUUAGUCAGAAAGGAAAAAGAUGAAAAAAAACCAAACACUGGAAGCUGAGCCUUGCCGUCUGGAAGAGCUGCCUCCACCUAAUUAGAAAUGUUAACAUGCUUUAUAAGGAGAGACACAUGUUGAGCACCAAUUUUCUUUUCCUGUAUACAUCUGCUGAUGGACAUCCUGCCCAACAGCAGAAGAAUGUCUGGGUUGACAAGGAUACUGCAGAAGAAAUGUAACAGUUUCAGCUAAGGAACUACAUAUUCCAGGUUGCCAGUAUUUUACUAUGAACUUUAAGUAAUUCCAGACAGCCCAGUGUUUACUACAGCAUCAAGUAAAACAAAAUUCUCCAAAGAAUUCAUCCUACUGUUCACAGUGCUCGCUUUAUUAUAGUGCCUCAGUUGUGUGUGGCAUUUCAUAAUGAAAGAAUGAACAGGUCCCUUGCCUUGAUAAAUGUACAAGCUGGAUUUUGAAUAGCACACAAAGGGAUGACAAAGUGGGGAAGGGAAUACUGAUAGACAAAAGUCAGCUAAUUGUCACAAGUGAUUUUGAGGAAGAGGGGUCAAGGAAAUACGAACAAAAUUUGCUUGUUCAGUGAAUUAAGUCAAAUAACUGACUUUCAUGGGUGGACAUUAACAUAUGACCAAAUUCACCAAGAGGCAGAUGCAGGACCAUGACUUGCCCAAACAAAUAAGUUGCUAAGAUCUACCUUAGAAAUAAAGAUAUCGGAAAAUAUUUAUCGUUCACCAUAAGUGUCAUUUUAAACACCUGGCAGGUUAAAACUUGAUAGGGAACGUGUAAAAUAUACAUAUUUGCCUCUUUUAAGCAGAUAGAUACAGGAUUAAACAGAGGGUCCACAUUCUGUGAGAAAAGUAGUGCUCAAUAACAUUAAGCCUCGCUGUAUCUGACUUAAGCAUGAGGAGAACAAGAUGCAAAUGGCCAAAGGAAACAAAGUAAUAUCACUAUAAACAACCUCUCUGCAACAAUACAUGGGGCUUUAAAAGUACAGAUGUAUAUGGAAACUUACAUUAAACACAGGUGGAAAUAUGGGACAAAACAUACAUGCUUUAACUAAAUUUUGCUAUUACCUUUACUUUCACUGAUUACAUAUAUAUAAAGAAAGCAAAUAGCUUUUAAAAAACAUCUAGCUAUUUCAAUAAAGAAAUGCAGGUGUAAACUGAAAGCUCUUGGGUUUUUUAAAAAGAGUCACGCAGUCCCUCUGCAACAAUUUGUCGUAAGUGUUAGAUUUAGGAAGCAUUCCUCACUGAAACAGAGUAAUUGGUGUAAACAAGAGUGAAUGAAAUUAAGCCAAGGCAGUCAAAAUAUGUUUUUAUUUUUGAUCAUGGAAGUUUCUCCUAUAUCUAACACUGCACAAGGUAUCUUGCACAAUGAAAAGGUAAGCAGAAGUCCCUUACAGUGCCUCGCUUUGCCAGAGAAUCACCGCAGUCUGCUGGCAAAGUCCGCUUGCUGGACUUUUUCUGCUCAUGUUCAACUGCAUCUUCAAUUAUAGGCUCAAGCCUCAUCUGGACAAACACCAAAGAUUUGGAUCAAUUUCUUUUCAUUAUACAGUGAGGAAAGAUCUAAAAGCCUUUUAAAAACUUUUGCAAUCUUUAGAAAACUGUAUAGAACUCACUGGUGUUUAAAUAAAAAGAAAAUGCAAAAACCCAGUGAGGCUCUAGCCAUAAACUCAGUAGUCUCUAAAAGUAGGGUUUUGAGCUCAAAUUUGACAUGUAUAAAUAAAUCCUACACCCCAGGUUUUGUUUUUUAGCUGCAAGGUUUUUAGAUCUGUACAUGAGACUUGUUUUAGAAUUUAGCACAAACAGUGCUCUAUCCAAGGGUAUUUGAGUACCAUAUCUACUAUACAGCCAAGUGAAAUUUAUCAGCAGAAUCUUAAAGGUUACUUGUGUUUUUCUUUGGGACAAGUUUGUUAUAUUAAAAAGCCUACCUUUGUCUAUAUGUUUAUGCUGUAAUUCUCCCCCCUUUUUAAGAAUAUACUUUACUGCUAAUAUUUCAUAUAUUGUAUCUAGAUAAUUUUUCUUCAUAAAUACAUGCAGUUCCAUCUUGUUACCUCUGUGAGGAUUGUGGUGUCAUACGAAGGUUGAUACUUUUCUUUUUCAUGUGCAGUUCGCUUCUCCAUCUUUUCUCUGUCUGUUUUCUGUUUCCUGUCUGCUCCUUUUGGCUAAAAAUGAAUAGUUACAUGAGCAAGCAGACAGAAAACAGCUUUGCAACUGAAAUAUGGGCCUAAAAAUCAGCCAUUAUAAUGUAAAGAAAAAAUUUACUUGGGACCAUUAUUUACAACUAUUACCUUAAAAACUUUAAUUUGGCAGCUGGCUGAAUGCAAAUGAUCUGUGUAUUCUCCAUUUUCAGUCUGCUUAAAAGUGUCAACCUGAAUCCUAAAAGGAACUCCUUUUUCACCUCCAUGUUUACGUGGGGUAAAUUCAGUGCUGAUGCAAUGUACCUGAAAAACAAAGUGAAGCUGUAUUCCAUUCUGGGCAUAUUCUUAAUUCUUUUGCCACCAUCAUUAUAUAAAUUUAUCUGACAGGAUGAGCAACAAUUUAUGGCUUAUUCAGGAAAUGAAACUGGAAAUCCAAGGCAGGUAAGAACAAAUUCCUGUAUCUUUGCCAGCCGCACAGGCUUGGAAGUCAGUAAAUAGGGACAGGCUUAAACCUAUCAAUACAUCACCUAUAUAAUCCCAAAAAAGUAAUACUUUAACUCCUAUAUCUUUCACAAAAUUAAAGAACUGUUGUGGAUCCUCAUCAAAUGUAACUAAAAUAAUCCCUCUCAAGUUCUCAUACAGGCUCUUAAGACAAAUAUAAGAGCAGAACAAGAAUGAAUCUUGAAUGAAUAAAUUCAAAGAUUUUUCCAGUGUACAAUGAUAUAAUUUAGCUAGCCUGAACAGUAAGAUUUUCUUUAAUAUAAUGUCUUGCAAUUUCUAUCAAAACCAUUUACUGGAACGAUUUUUAAAUCUGAUUUGAGGCUGGGAUUUUCAAAGAGGAUGCUAAUGGAGGUAGGUGCCCAAGUGUCAAUGAAUGGCAAUGGGAAUUGAUACCUAACUCCCUACAGCUUUUUUGAAAAUACCAGAAUAAAGGCAUUGGGUUUAAUGAGACAUGUGAAUAUCACGGCAGUAAAAAGGUCCAAUAAGAACAGAGUGCUAUACUAGGAAACAAUACAACAGUUACAAUGUUGUAGGGCAUUAAAUACUUAGUAUAUCACCAAUGCCACCACACUGCACACUCCCACCUUCCAAACAGUAAGAGUCGACUAAGCUUUUCUUCAUGCUGUUAGCACAUCCUGCACGGUUGAAAAUAUAACUGUACAAACAAACGUAAAAUGGAUGGCUCAUUACACACUCUUUACUCCCUUGCAGCAAAGCCUGACAUGGAAGCAGACAUUGUAACAAUUGUGUAAUUCCUUGACAAAAGGAAGAAUUAUUACUGUCAAGGUACAGUAGCACAACAUUAUUUACUGCCAACAUGGAAACAAUCUACCUGAUUUAGCAGGCUAAGGAAUAUUGCCACCUCUCGCUUUGCGCUUUUUCUUCAUACCAAUGCCUGAUUUUUGAGACAAAAUUAUCCAGAAGGAAGACUAUAGCAUUAUACAAAGGAUUCUAAUGAAAUCUAAUUCCAUGGAAUAAAUCACUUAGAAAAAAAACCUGUCUUGAAUAUAAUAAAAAACAAACAAUCUGUCAAGAAGCUAACAUCUUAUCAAUCAGGUAAGUAAGAGAACUGAAAAUCUGCUUUGAAAUCCAGUGAUUUCAAAUGCUUUCUCUAUUGGUAAAGCAGAUUCAGUCCUAUUUGUGUCCUCAUACAGGGGCCCUAUUAACUGGAACUGAAGUAACAACAGUUAUUUACAAAAACUGCUUUGAAAAUACACCUCCCUAAAUAUUUAUCCAUACAAUAUGCAAGAGCUAAUCAUUAAUUUUCAGUCAAAACAACUUUCAUAUUCAUUUUAUUGAUCGAUUUUAAAAAGCUGCUUCUGUUCUAAGCUAUGUUUAAAACCCUCAUAUCAAGAUGAAAACUCAGCUAGCAUCACCUACAGAAGAAGCAGUUGCAUGGAUCUAAGUUUCCAAAAAUGAUGGAUCUAUAAAGGAAAGAAUCACAUAGCACAACUACCAUCACAUUCAUGACCUGACAAAGACCAAAUCAGUACACAUCCAGUAAAGCAAAAUUUCAAACCUGAAUAAAGGCAGAUGUACGCUUUCCAGGAUCCCACAGAAAUUCGACUGCAUUGAGCUGGCUUGGAUUUGUCUUUAGAUCAAUUACUCCAACAGACAUUGGAAUAUCUACAUAAAAAUGAAAGUAUAUGCUAUAGGAACACAGCGAGGAUUUGAAUGGUUUGUUUUGAAUAAAAACCCAUUAAUCUGCAAACUCAUCUACAGUGAAAUGUACUGUAAAUUACCACACAAGGGAUGACAAAAAUUGGUUGUUUAAUGACAGUGAUCUUCUGAUAAAGAUGGAGAUGUGUACUUAAUUUCUGGGGAAUAAUGUGAGGAGGUCUCACGGGUUUUACUGUAAAUCUUAUGAAAUCUGCAAUAAUUAUAUUUUUACAGUAUAUUAGCAAUAAAGAUGUUUCUCUCGUGUUCCCCUGACUACCAGAACACAUUUUGCUCUCAAAGAACAAAAGGGUUAUUAAUUGAAUUAUUUAGUGUUGCUGUUGUUUUCUGUAAUGUUAGAUGAAGGCCAUUAGAGGUUUUCAUGGAAAAUUCACAAUGUAACAUUAUUGAAAACAUUUAUAUAAAUCUCAAGUAUCCUAACACAACAAGCAGCAUACAGACAUUGGUAUGUAUGCUUUUGCUAUCCCCACUGUUGAUAUAUAAAUUGAUGCUAUUCAUAGAAAGACUGAGUCUCUUAUUUUAACCCUAGAUAAUAAGGGAACUGAGAGACGUACCUAAGUCAAGAAGUCUGUCCCCAGGGCGAUUCCACUUCCAGCCUUCCAGUUGCUGGUGCUCUGUAUAUUGCAACCUUCUGUCAUGGAACACAACUCUUAUGAUACUCUAGUCAGAGGAAGAAAGUUAAAGAUUAGUCUUAGAAUCAGUACACAUUAAAGAGGAGAUUGAAAUAUUAAAAAUAUUCUGAAAUACGUACCAGUGAUAAAUACCACACACUUGUAGAACAAAAUCAAUGGGAAGCACCUAAUCUAACUUUAUUUAGUAUAAAGUCUCAGAACACUUUAGACUAAGUAAUACAGAAACAAAAGGUGUAAAGAAGGAACAAGAAACAGAGUAUGGUUCAGCUGCAAUAUGAAGUGAAAUGGAGAGCUGAGGCAGACACUGCCUGAAAAGGCUGUUGCAGAUUAUGUGAACUGCAGAGGAUAAGGCUCUCAUACAGCACAGUGGCCAAAUUACAUGGCUAGAGUGAGGCAAGCAUUAGGAAAAUCAUAGAACAGGUCAACCAGAAAAGUUAUAACUUCAGUUUCACUCACUCUGAAUAGCACUAAUCUAUGGUUUGAACCAAAUUUAUAAAAGAAUUUCCUGGAAAAAUCAGAAAUAAAGGUAACAUCCUGCAGUAAUCCACAAAAUUCAAUAUUUAAACUUAAAUGAGUCACCUAAAAAUCUGCAAAAAAGCGUUUUGUACAAUUUCUAAACAGGAGUGCAUUAGUUGAAAUAUUUAAAGUAUAAUUGUGACUCCAACAGUUCAGAAAAUUAAUAAAUGGAUAAAUCAA